AAGAUCAAAAAAAAGAAGAAAAGACUGCCGCUCAUAAAAAUGAAGCAUCUGAACCAGAUGUUCUUGUUCAAUAUUCAAAUAAAAUCAAAUCCCAUUUAGGUACAGAUGAAAAUGAAGAUAAAGAUGGAAAUAAUGACGAAUAUGUUUAUCCAAAAGCUUGUGGCAAUUAUAAAAUAACUGGUAUUAGAGAUUUAACUGUUGGAAUUGAAGCUGAUUUUCGUGAUGAAGGAAAAGAUAAAAAACCAACAUUACCAUGUUCAUCAGCAACACAAAUGAUAACAUUUUAUUUUGAUAAUGGAAGUGAAAUAACAAUACGUGCAAGUGGAACUGAACCAAAAAUCAAAUGGUAUUCAGAAAUAAGAAAAAAGAAAGGAAAUAAACAAACAUCACAAGAUAACAAUUCAAAAGAUGAUGAUGAACAAUUUCGUAAAGAAACAAAAGAUGAACUUGAUCAAUUAGUUGAUGCUGUUAUCCAAGAAUUUUUACAACCAAAACAAAAUUCUCUUAUUGAAAGAGAAACAACAGCGAAAUAA